AUGAGUCAGGACUAUCAUACUAGAAAACUCGGAUUUCUUGAAAAGUAUUACGUUUGUAGAAAUGUGGAGCAAUAUUCUAAAGAUAUAAACGUAACUGGACAAUAUAAUCAUUAUAUUGACAAAGUAUUGUUAUCCAAUGCACUUAGAACACUUAUUUUGAAGAAUCCAUCUUUGGCUGUGAAUAUUUACCGAGAUGGAGACCUGAAGUACGAUGAAAAACUGAAUGGAGAAAAUUUUACAGUGAGGCCAGUGGAGGAAAUUGCUUUCAACGAUGUUGUAACUUUCGAGACUGUAGAAGAACCCUUUGGGGAGCUUUUAUUGAAAAGAUUGAAUGGAGAAGCGAGUCAUGUUAAUGAUUCGAAGCCAUUAUGGAGGGUAAAGGUGUUCGAAUCGACCUCCGAUAGGAAGCAAUAUGUUUCAUUCCACUGCGACCAUACCCUUUUUGAUGGUAGUUCGGUCACACAAUUCCAUAAAGACUUGAUUGUAGAGUUGGCUUACCAUUCUAAGGAUCAAUCACUAGAAAUACAGGAAACUUUGUUCAAUUACACAGCAGAUUGGGAAUUAUUGCCGCAUCUUUUAGACAGUUCGGACAAGAUUGUUGAUUUAUACAAUCCUUCCAUAUUACUUACCUUACUGGAGUUUGUGCUGAAAAUACUUUUGCCAAAAUGGUUGUAUGAUGGAUUUUGGUCUUUUUUUUCGACCAAUGUGGAACAAGCUCCACUUUACACCCAUAAUACAACCAGAAAGGAAGCCGAGUCAAAUAUAAGACAUAUUAACAUCACGCCAAAGGACGUAAAACGCCUCCGUGCAUUCUGCAAGUCGCAAAAUACAACCUUGACUCCAUUCAUAGCAGCAAUUGCUACGUAUGCCCUCCAAGAGACUGUCUUUCCAGCAGUGGCAAAACACCCAUGCUCGUGUGAAAUCAGUAUUCCUAUAGACGGUCGGAGAUAUUUUCCGGAAAAGAUAGAGGACACCAAAUACGGUCUCUACAUGGGUGUGCUCUCAAAUAAAGUGGCCCCUAUAACAGAUAUUGCCUCCUCUACAAACUCGCUUACUGCAAAUUUGACAGCUGGUGUGGCUGACAAGUCGCCUUUCAGUUUCGUAGGCCUCCUCAAAUACGUCAAUUACUGGAAAUUUCUCGCCGAUAAACUCGGUAAAGCAGAUUCGCGCCUGACCCUCGAAGUAUCGAACCUUGGGCUCCACCUGAUCUCUCACAACGACUGGUCCAUCGACAAUAUCUGGUUCAGUCAGGCAAAUGGUAUUCUCACCCAUUUUUGCCUUUCAGUCAUUGCAACGGAAUCAAGUGGCCUUAACUUACUGGCCAGCUAUUUCGCAGAACUUGAUUUGGUGCAAACUUCACUGGGAAAACUCGUUAUCGACGAAUUCAUGGCUUUGUUUUCUGCAAAACUCUUGGAAAAUGUUUAG